CAUUAGAAAGUUUAUUGAUCUAACUGAUCUCCUUAACAGAUUUAAAGAAUACCCAUAUGAUCAUCUUAAUAGAUGCAGGAAAAUCAUGCAAUAAAAUACCUAUUUAUGAUAACUGCUAAUAUUUUAUUUGUGCUUUUCCUUAAAAAUGCAGUGUUUUUAGGAAUUACAGUUCAGAGCAGCAAAAGUCAAACAAAAACCAAGUCUGAGCAAUAGAGUUACUACAAUGCCCAUCACAGUCUUUGCUCAGAUGACUACCUAAGGUCAUGUUCAGCUCUAUGUUUCUGUGACCACAAAUAGCAUCUUUGGCAAAUCUGGUUUCAGCUGAUCUUUGUCCAGCUCCUGGAUUCCAUGCAGGGCCUGAGAAGCCCUCAAGGAUAAAAGAUUAAUCCGGUCCAGUGGACUUCGUGGUUCCUCAACUCCAAGUGCCCCCACCAUAGGUAGGACCUGCCUCUCACGCAAAAGAUCCCUGGCGGCAACCCCAGACCGGUUCAGACCGGUUCUCCUACCCGCAUUCCGCCGAGUCUCUCGCUCUGCCCAGGACGCACAGAUGAGAGCGCUCAGCAGACUGGUGGGUCUGUCUUUCGGUCCUUCCUAAUUUUCCCCUCCUCUGGGGAAAGAUCAAGGAUACCUGAACCAAAGUGUCUGGCGGGGUGUAGGUGGGGGGGGGUGCAUCUGUGCACAAUCAAGGGCUUGGCCCUCCCGAGAGCGCCCAGGGGCAGGGGCCUCCUAGGUUCUGGCGGCCGGCAGGGGCGACCGGCGCAGGGGGUCACGCAGGAUUGCGGCUGAGGUCCCACCAGCGAGAGACAGAGACCUUCAGACAUUUAGUCCAGAGACUGCAGCAAGGGAGGGGGACGAGGGACCAGGGCCGGAAUUUCGGGGGAGGACUUGAAAGCGCGGCGACCAGAGUCGUUUGCUGGCACCUGCGGGGGCGAAUGCAGGGGCUUGGCCGAGUACUUUGGACCAGAGCUUCCUUCCGGCCUGCAGAGAUGAGCUUGGGGUUUAGCUUAGUAAGGAGUGAGCAGCUUUUCAGCCGCAGUGCUGCGAGGAGGCGGAUGGAGGAUGAACUGGAGCCGUCCUUACGGCCUCCGACGCAGAUUCAGGGCAGGAUCCUGUUCCUGACCAUCUGUGCUGCCGGCAUUGGUGGGACUUUUCAGUUUGGCUAUAACCUGUCUAUCAUCAAUGCCCCGACCUCGCACAUUCAGGAAUUCACCAAUGAGACGUGGCAGGCGCGUACUGGAGAGCCACUGUCUGACCACCUGGUUCUACUUGUGUGGUCCAUCAUCGUGUCUCUAUAUCCCCUAGGAGGCCUCUUUGGAGCACUGCUUGCAGGUCCAUUGGCCGUCACGCUGGGAAGGAAGAAGUCCCUCCUGGUGAAUAACAUCUUUGUGGUGCUGGCAGCGAUUCUGUUUGGAUUCAGCCGCAAAGCAGGCUCCUUUGAGAUGAUCAUGCUGGGAAGACUGCUUGUGGGAGUCAGUGCAGGUGUGAGCAUGAAUAUCCAGCCCAUGUACCUGGGGGAGAGCGCCCCUAAGGAGCUCCGAGGAGCUGUGGCCAUGAGCUCAGCCAUCUUUACCGCUCUGGGGAUCGUGAUGGGACAGGUGGUCGGACUCAGGGAGCUUCUAGGUGAUCCCCAGGCCUGGCCUCUGCUGCUGGCCAGCUGCCUGGUGCCCGGGGCACUGCAGCUCGCCUCUCUGCCUCUGCUCCCCGAAAGCCCGCGCUACCUCCUCAUUGACUGUGGAGAUACCGAGGCCUGCCUGGCAGCACUACAGCGACUGCGGGGCUCCGGGGACUUGGCAAGGGAGCUGGAGGAGCUGGAGGAGGAGCGUGCUGCCUGCCAGGGCUGCCGUGCCCGGCGCCCAUGGGAGCUGUUCCAGCAUCGGGCCCUGAGGAGACAGGUGACAAGCCUUGUGGUGCUGGGCAGUGCCAUGGAGCUCUGCGGGAAUGACUUGAUGUACGCCUAUGCCUCCUCCGUGUUCCGGAAAGCAGGAGUGCCAGAAGCGAAGGUCCAGUACGCCAUCAUCGGGACUGGGAGCUGCGAGCUGCUCAUGGCGAUUGUUAGUUGUGUGGUAGUCGAGAGGAUGGGUCGGCGCGUGCUGCUCAUCGGUGGGUACAGCCUGAUGACCUGCUGGGGGAGCAUCUUCACUGUGGCCCUGUGCCUGCAGAGCUCGUUCCCCUGGACACUCUACCUGGCCGUGGCCUGCAUCUUUGCCUCCAUCCUCAGCUUUGGCAUUGGCCCUGCCGGAGUGACAGGGAUCCUGGCCACAGAGCUAUUUGACCAGAUGGCCAGGCCUGCCGCCUGCAUGGUCUGCGGGGCGCUCAUGUGGAUCAUGCUCUUCUUGGUCAGCCUGGGAUUUCCCUUCAUCAUGGAGGCCUUGUCCCACUUCCUCUAUGUCCCUUUCCUUGGUGUCUGUGCCUGUGGGGCCAUCUACACUGGCCUGUUCCUUCCUGAGACCAAAGGCAAGACCCUCCAAGAGAUCUCCGAAGAAUUACACAGACUCAACUUCCCCAGGCGGGCCCAGGGCCCCACGUGGAAGAGCCCGGAGGUUAUCCAGUCGACAGAACUCUAGUCCCAAAGGGGUGACCAGGGGCCAAAGCCAGCUGCUGUCCUGUCCUCUGCUUCCUGCCAGGGCCCUGGUCCUCACUCCCUCCUGCAUUCCUUUGUUUAAGGAGUGCUUAUUGAGCACCCUUUGUGUGCAGACAUGGCUCCAGGUGCUUAGCAAUCAGUGGUGAGAGUGGUGUUCCAGGCUAAAGGUAAUUAACUGACAGAAAAUCAGUAACAACAUAAUUUCAGGCUGGUUGUGGCAGCUCAUGACUGUAAUCCCAGCACUUUGGGAGGCCAAGGUGGGAGGAUCAAUUGAGGCCAGAGUUUGAAACCAGCCUGGGUAACAUAGUGAGACCCCCUAUCUCUACAAAAAAAUUUUUUUAAAAAAUUGAAAAAUGAGCUGGGCAUGGUGGUAUGUGUUAACAGCUCUAGCUACUCAGGAGGCUGAGGCAGCAGGAUCACUUGAGUCCAAGAGUUCAAGGUAGCAGUAAACUACGAUCACACCACUGCAUGCCAGGCUGGGUGACAGAGGGAGACUUCAUCUCUUAACGUAAUAAUUACAGACUCAGGAAAUGCAGUGAAAGAAAAAUACAGGUUGGCCAGCCGAGGUGCUGAUGCCUGUAAUCCCAGCACUUUGGGAGGCCAAGGCAGGAGGAUCGCUUUGAGACCAGGAGUUUGAGACCAGCCUGGGUCACAUAGUAAGAUCCUGUUUCUACCAAAAAA